UUCGUUUUCUCGCUGAGGAAGCCUGGUCCCAACCCGCGUUUAUUUCCUGUUCGUAUAUAAGAGACCGUACGCAACACUCGUCCUCUCAAUCCUUGUUUCGGUUUAUCUAAAGCGGAGAGGAGGACGCUGAGAUCACACAAAAUGAUGGCACAGCAGCCCAUCUACAACCCGAUAAUUCCCUUUACCGGGACUAUAAUGGGAGGACUUCAAGAUGGGAAGAUGGUGAUAAUUCAAGGCCAAGUACCAGGUCAUGCCAAGAGAUUCGGGGUGGACUUCCAGUGCGGCAGCUGCGUGAUGCCACGCGCGGACGUUGCCUUUCACCUCAACAUACGCUACGAUGAAUCCGCCGUGGUCUGUAACACGCUGGAUUGUCAACGAUGGGGGAGUGAAGAGAGGAACUCCCAUGUUCCCAUCAAUGCCGGAUCCUACUUCGAGCUGAUCAUUAAAUCAUGCUAUACUUGUUUCCAGGUCUCUGUGAACGGGCAACAUUUCCUGGAGUACAGGCACAGGUUGCCCAUGACGAGAGUCGACACCCUGAAGGUUUCCGGAGAUGUUCACGUCAAUGCCAUCACCUUCAAAGAACCAGACGUUCCUCCAGCGUACGCACCUCCUGCUUACGGUGCUGGCCAUCCCUUUGCGAGCAAUUUUGCAGUCAAUUACUGUGCCCCUCCUACCUUCUCCAUGCCUGCCAAACCUGCCUUCAAUGUAAUGCCUAAACCAAAUUCUAGGAACAGGCGGCAAAAGAGCACUCCUGCCCAAGUGACCGUGUCUAAUCCGGUUGUUCCGUACCAGGCUUAUAUGGGAGCCCUCCGUCCACAGCAGCUGAUAAAGAUUGUUGGGACUGUGAACACCAACCCUAAAACGUUUAACAUUAAUCUCAAAGCGAAGUAUACUGAUAACAUUGCCCUGCACAUCGGUCAAAGAUACGCUGAAAAUGCCGUGGUGCGGAACAGCAGGAUCCACCAGAAAUGGGGUACAGAGGAGCGAGCUUUGCCCUUCCUCCCAUUUGUGCCAGGCCAGACAUUUGAGAUGCAGAUCAUAGUUCAACCAAGCUGCUACAAAAUCUUGGUUAAUGGAAGACACCUUUUCAACUACAACCACAGGCUGCAACCCCUGAACCAGAUUGAUGAACUGGAGGUGGUUGGUGACAUCAGCCUUUCUCUUGUUCAAUACUAAUGUUGCAAAGUAAAUAAUCUGCUUUAACCAGAACACAAAAGCAGCAUAAUCUUCCCAAAUUCUUAUUUUUAACUCUCUACUUUUAUUGGUGUACAAUCCUUAGUUGAACAUCCAUUCCACAUCAUCCAAAAAGAGGCAAUUUUGUUGAGUGCAGUGAAGGUCAACUACUUUUGCCUAAGUACAUGAACCAAUGCCAUCGAAUCCCAGUAGGUGGGCCUAGGCUGGUCCAAGUCUACCAGAGUAAUUUGCAAGUCCCGCUGUAGCUUAUAGUGUCCUAUACACACACUAUACACAAUGCCCUCCAUAAUGUUUGGGACAUUUAUUUAUUGAUUUGCCUCUGUUCUCCACAAUUUGAGAUUUGCUAUAGAAAGAAUCACAUGUGGUUAAAGUGCACAUUGUUAGAUUUUAAUAAAGGGCAUUUUAAUACAUUUUGGUUUCACUAUGUAGAAAUUACAGCAGUGUUUAUACAUAGUCCCCAAAAUCUAGACGGUGAUUCCAUUUUUGGCAUUGGCUGCAUGUUGAUUCUACAAUUAGUCUGACACCGCCCUCUAGUGUGGCUGAUCAACACUGCAACCCAUCAGCUCCCAAGACCAUUUCCCUCACCCUCCUUGCUGUAAAUCUGCUCAGCUCUUUGAGCACAUCUAGUGUAGUCGAGUGUAAGUCUGUCUAAUCCAGGUGGACAUGAUCUACCUACGAUGGACAGUCAUAAUCAUCUGAACAUGUCAGUUUAUCCACUUGCUGCCCACUAUCAUGGUUAGAUUGAACAGGAAAAGGCAGUGUUCAGAUUUGUGCUUAAUUUGGUUUAGUUUAGUGAUACAGAGCGGGAACAGGCACAUUGGGUCCACGCCAACUAGCGAUCCCCACACACUAACACUAUCCUACACCCACUAGGGACAAUUUUCACAUUCACCAAGCCAAUUAACCUGCAGACCUGUACGUCAUUGGAGUGUGGGAGGAGAAAAAAUCUUGGAGAAAACUCACGGGGAGAAGGUACAAACUCCGUACAGACAGCGCCCGUUGUCGGGACCGAACCCGGGUCUCCAGCGCUGCAUUCGCUGUAGGCAGCAACUCUACUGCUGCGCCACCGUGAUCUAACUUCCUGAUCUUUCCACAAAAGCAGAUUUUGUCUUCAUUUUGAUUCCCUGAUGGUCCUUGAAAUAAUACCUUGAAGUUGACUCGGAUGUUUAGAAUGUGAUAUUACUGCAUCAAACCUUCCAGUCACUUUCCUGCUGCUUUUUCCUGCCCUCCACUUACAAUGUUUGGGUUAAUAAGUGAUAGCAGAAGAAUUAGGCCAUUCGGCCCAUCAAGUCUACUCUGCCAUUCAAUCACGGCUGAUCUAUCUCUCCCUCCUAAUCCCAUCUCCUACCUUUCUCCCCAUAACCCCUGACACCCGUACUAAUCAAGAAUCUAUCUAUCCCUAUAUAUGUGGUUAAUAGCUCAAUGUGAAUAUAUGAGAUGUACAAAAUGACAUUGAAAGUUAUGUUUAAUUAGCGGCAUUUGUAUAUUAUUUGCUGAAAAGAUGCAUCCUGGCAGAGACGGAGACUGGCUUUGGAAGAAGAAUUCACCCUUUGAUGAGUUGUCAAACCAAAUCAAAGCCGUUAACACUCUGUGACAGGAUAAAAGCCCCAGAAUCAUAAUUGAUCACUGAAAAGACAUGACUAAGAAACUUGUGGUUGAUAAAAUCUUAUUUGUCUUGGUCGCUGAAUAAAUUAGAGGUGAUUGCAAGAAAAGAACCUGCUUUAUUGGUUUAUUUGCCAAGGAGUUAAAUCAGCCCAGAUCAUUCAACAGGAACAAAAGCAACAGGAAGUGUUUGAAAUCUGUGUUGGAAGGUGCUAUGUACAUAGGUACCUUGUGAGAAAUAGAGUCAUACAGCAUGGAAACAGGCCCUUCAGCCCACUGAGUCCGCACUGACCAGCGAUCCCCCACACAUGAACACUAUCCUACACUGGGGUCGAUUUACAUUCAUACCAAGCCAAUUAGCCUACAAAGCUGUACAUCUUUGGAGUGUGUGCGAAAACCCACGCAGGUCGCGGGGAGAACAAACAAACUCCAUACAGACAGGCACCUGUAGCCAGGGUCGAAUCUGGGUCUCUGGCAGUGUAAGUGCUGGAAGACAGAAACUCUAUUGCUGAGCCACUGUGCUGCCCUAACUUUGGCCCAUAUAAUUCCAAACCUUUCCUGUCCGUGCACCUGUCCAAGUGACUUUUAGGUGUUAUUGUGUACCUGCCUCAACCUCCGCAGCUUGUUCCAUAAACAUACCACCGUCUGUGUGAAAAAGUUACCCCUCAAAUUCCUAUUAAAUCUUCCCCCUCAUCCUAAACCUAUGUUCUAUGGCUCGUGAUUCCCCAACCUUGGGAAAAGAAGGCUCCCUGCGUUCAUUAAAGCAAUGAAUUCAUUAAACUCCCUGCAUUCAUUAAACCAAUCCCCUAUUUUUGGUUUAAACCUCCAUCUUCAGUUCCUUCCUACACUUAUCUAUUCCCCUCGUGAUUUUACAUACCUCUAUAAGAUCACCCCUUAGCCUUCUACACUCCAAAGAAUAAAGUCUUGGCUUGGCCAAUUUCUCCCUGAAGCUCAGGCCCUCAAGCCCUGGCAACAUGCUUGUAAAUCUUCUCCGCACGCUUUCCAGCUUCGGACAAAGGCUUUUCUCACCUGGGAGAUUGCAGUGUGAUAUCUCGCCAUGACAAAACUCUCUGGCACUGUUGAGAUUCCUGGUGUUCUCAGCCUGGAGAAAGUUGCUGUGUGAUUCAAAGGUCCAACAAAGCCGAACUCUCAACGCAAAAGUCAAAUGCUAUUGAAUCCUACAUUGAGUAUUUAAUUAUCUCCGUCCCAACAGAGUGAGAAGGGGACUGGAUGAGAGGUCUCAUUGCUGAGAACCACAAGUGGUUGAUUCUGAGGCAGUAAAAUGAUCCAGGAGUUGUUGUAGAAUCACACAUCAAGGAAACAGGCCCUUUGGCCCAACUCGUUCAUGCUGACCAAAAUGCCCCAUCCAAACUAGUGCUAUUUGAUUUGAUUUGAUUCAACUUUACUGUCAUUGUCUACAAGUAAGAGACAACAAAACGCUAUUUCCGAGAGUCAUACGAAUAAAAAAAAUUGGCCCAUAUCCCUUUAAAUCUUUCCCAUCCAUGCGCCUGUCCAAAUGUCUUUUAAAGCCCUGACAUUAUUUAGGUCACCUAAAUCUAUUUAAAAUAUGCGGAAAAUAGUAGUGAAUCUCUAGAAUUCUCUGAACCCAAGUGUUGGGGAAAUCCUGAGUCUGCGACUGCUCAAAGUGGUGAAGAAGCAUCUGGGAAAGGGUCUAGGCAUCUUGGGUUUGAGCAACAGGAGGAAUGGGAGUCAGCGUACGGGUAGCAUGAGGAGAACCAAGGUCACAGACAUGCCACCACUUGCCCCACCUGUGGCAGGGUCAAUAGACCCUAUAUCUCACUCUUCAACCACACACUGCAAUGGAAGCAAGUGAUAUUUAAUGCCAAGUGAUUACUAAUGAAGUUGGGGGAGGCACGGUGGUGCAGCGGUAGAGUUGCUGCCUCACAGCGCCAGAGACCCAGGUUCGAUCCUGAUUAUGGGUGCUGUCUGUACGGAGUUUGUGCGUUCCACAUGGGUUUUCUCUGGUUUCUUCCCGCAUUCCACAGACAUACAGGUUUGUAGAUUAAUUGGCUUCAGUAAAAAAAUUUAAAUUAUCCCCAGUGUAGGAUAGUGUCAGUGUGCGGGGAUCGCUGGUCGGCACGGACUCGGUGGGCCGAAGGGCCUGUUUCCGUGCUGUAUAUCUAAACUAGCAUCAUAUCUCUCACAAUCUAUCCUGCAUACCACUCAUUACUUGUGACCACAAUACCACUCAUCCUACUUCAUUGUAACUUGUAGAACAAGUAUUUUCACAUUUGUCGAGGCAGUAUAGCAAGAAUAACACAUAAUUUAAAAUAAAAACAAUGUAUACAUUGUGGCUCUUAAAGGCUCUGAAUGCACAGCAGCAAUUCAUUAUUUACAUUCAGCCUUUCCUCUGCAUAGAGACAGAAAAUAGGUGCAGGAGUAGGCCAUUCGGCCCUUCGAACUUGCACCGCCAUUCAAUAUGAUCAUCCAAAAUCAGUACCCCAAUCCUGCUUUUCCCCUUAUCCCUUGAUUCAUUUAGCCCUAAGAGCUAAAUCUAACUCUUGGAUACCGUGGGAAAUGCAGUUGGUAAGAAUUCUAUUCAAAUUAAAUCCUAGCCACACAUGAAAGCCGCAAGGGAAAGCAAAGUUCUGACUCAGAAUUGUUUGCAAGGUAAGUAUGCAGUUAAUGACAGGUUGGGAUAGAGAAGCCAUUCAUAGUGACCAAAUGCACACCUUUCUGCUUGUUAAAUAAAUCUCUUCUGAAAAUUAUGUAAAUGAUCCCACUUAUGUUUGCACAUUCCAGGCCCGGCCACUCUGAAUGCUCAUUUAAAAUAAGCCCUUCAGUGCGUAAAAGAGUUUCAUGUGUUAGAGCACAGGAAAGUACCGGGACAAGCCAUCCGGCCAACUGCACAAGAUCAAACUGCUCCCAUCUGCCAGCAUGUGGCUCGUACCCCUGUAGUCCUUGCCCGUACAUGCUGCCGCACCUGCUGCCUCCCAGCCUCCGAGACCUGGGUUCGACCCUGACCUUGGGUGCUGUUGAUGUGGAGUUUGCAUGUUCUCCUUGUGAGCAUAUAGGUCUCCUCUGGGUGCUCCAAUUUCCUCCUACAUCCUAAAGAUGUGCAGGUUUGUUGGUUAAUUGGCCCUGGUGCGUGGGUGGUAGCGGAUGCUAGUGGGAUAACAUGGAACUCGUGUGAAUGGGUGAUUGAUGGGCAGAGGAGACUUGAUGGAUUGAAAGGCCCAUUUCCUCGCUAUAUCUCUGUCUAAAUGCCCCUUGAAUGUUAUGAUAUCUGCUUCCAUCACCUCCCCUCCCCACUUGUUCCAGACACCUGCCUUUGCGCACACACAGUUCCUUCCCUCUGGUAUCUGACAUUUCCACACCAUAAAAAAGAUGCUGACAAUCCACUCCUGCGAUUGUGCCUCUCAUAAUGUAUAGGAAGGAGUACGAAGAUGGGUCUCGACCCGAAACGUCACCCAUUCCUUCCCUCCAGAGAUGCUGCCUGUCCCGCUGAGUUACUCCAGCACUUGGUGUCUAUGUCUCUCAUAAUGUUAUAUACUUCUAUCUGGCCACCCUUCAGACUCUGAUACUCUUAA